GCAAAUUGUUGGCGACUGAUGUAGACACCGCCAUUUUACCUACGGGACUCCAAUUGCAGUUAACUGAAACCGAAUUAAGCGUGACCCGAAUCGUUAAAACACCUGCGCUGUACAUGUGUAGAAAGUGGUGGGGAAAUCUUGUCGUUCUCCCACCAGCGGUAGCUAGAAUCAGUGUGCAGUUGAUUGUUAUUGUGAUCUAAUGAAGGGAUCGGAAGAUCCAUUGAAGGACGGAGAAGUUGUGGAUGAUUACACAAGUGCGAUGACCGACCACCCUCUCGCCGACACCGAUCCUUUAAUCUCGCCGGCUCCCAUACUCAAAAACCCAAACCCAAACCCAGACCCCCCUUUGAAUUUGAUUUCGUCUGAAGGCGUGUUGCCGUAUCUGAAUAUAACAGUCUCCAAUCCGAAAAAAGAAGUAGAAUCGUACGUGAGCUAUCUAAUUUGCAGCAAAACUAACAUUCCGGAGUUUGGUGGAGGCCAGUUUAGUGUACGGAGGCGGUUUAAGGAGGUGGUAACGCUGUCGGAGCGUCUAGCGGAGGCAUACCGGGGGUUUAUUAUACCACCAAGGCCAGAUAAGAGUGUGGUUGAGGCCCAACUGAUGCACAAACAAGACUUUGUUGAGCAAAGAAGGAACGCCUUGGAGAAAUAUUUGCAGAGGUUGAGCCACCAUCCUGUCAUUCGCCAGAGUGAUGAAUUCAGACUCUUUUUGCAGCAGAACCUUCCAUUCUUACCAACAAAGAAUUUGUUGGGAGAUCAGGAUGCUGCUGCAGGUAGGUGGGAUUUUCUAAGGAUCAUGAAUCACUCCGUGAGUAAAAGUAAUGAUUCUCUUUAUGAGCAAGAUGGCCAGUUUCUUCAAAAUAAGGAGAGGUUGCUUACUCUGGAGAAGCAGCUUACCGAUUCAUCCAAGCAGGCCCAUGUUUUUGUCAAAGCUCAGCAAGAUAUUGCAGAAACAAUGGGAGCCUUGGGGCUCUCCUUUAUUAAAUUGACUAAGUUUGAAAACCAGCAUGCCUUUGCUCAUACACCGCCUGCUGCUGCUGCUGACAUGAAGAAUCUUGCUACUGCUGCCAUUAAAACCAGUAGGCUUCACAGGGAAUUAAGUUCACGCACUGCUAUGCAUAUGGAUACACUGCAUGAUCACAUGGGAUUAUUACAAGGAGUCCACACUGCAUUCUCAGACCGUUCAACUGCAUUAUUGACUCUUCAAACUCUUACAUCGGAACUGAAUUCCUUGUAUUCACGAGCACAAAAACUGGAAACAUUUGGCAGUCACAAGCCAAACGCACUCAAACUUGGGGAGGUUAAGGAAGCAAUUAGAGUCACUGAGGAUGCAAAAAGCUGUGCUACCAACGAGUACCAGCGGAUAAAGGGAAAUAACAGGACUGAAAUUGAAAGGCUAGACAGACAAAGGAAGAUAGACCUAAAAGACAUGUUGAAGGGAUUUGUGCUUAAUCAGGUGGCAUUUGCGGAGAAAAUUGGGAUGGAGUGGGCAAAAGCGGCGGAGGAGACUAGUGGAUAUGCAUGAUGACGAUGAUGGUUGAUUGUACAGUACCAUCCAAAUUAUUCAGUUUUUGUUUUCUUUAACUUCUUAUAGAAGAAUAAGUGGCAAUCAUUUUUUUCUUUAUCCACAUAGGAUAGGUUGGUUGUGAAGAUAUUUCUUAUAUAAUAUCGACUUCAUUCAUGGCAUCUUUAGAGGAACUAAUGCAUUGUUAAGCGAAUGGAUAACGGGUAAAAUAACUAUUUCUAUUUGAAUUAAUUAAGUGUA